GAUUAAAGUUUGAUUUACAACUUCAACCAUCAUAGUACAGAACAAAAGAUGUGACGGGAAAUACAAACACUUCAAGAACUACGAACAUAAUACAAUAUAAACACAAGUAGAGACUAAAAAUAAAACAUGGAGGCAGAGAAAGUCGGGGGCUCAAAUGUCAUACGAGUCAAGCUGAUGAAACAGAAGAAGAAUGGCCUCGGGUUCCUAGUACGGAAGCGUUCAAAGACGCCGCAUGUUGUUGUGUCAGAUCUCGUGUCACAUGGUACGGCAGCUGAAAGCGGGCUCGUGCAAAUCGGUGACGUCAUCCUGAAGGUUAAUGACGUCAGCUUUGAGAAUCUUGAAUACGAGAAGUCACUAGAGAGUUUGAAAUCACUUCCGGUCAAUACACCCGUGGUUCUCAUACUGAAGGGGCCGGAGGGGUAUACCUCUCAUCUCGAAACGAGAUUCUCGCCAGACGGAGUGCCCAAGACAAUCCGAAUCACUAAGCCUAUUUUGCAUAAUGAUGGACUUAUAAGUAGGAUUAAGAAGACAUUUUCAACUAAUUCAAAUGCACGUGCAUGUCGUACAAAGCAGACACAAAUAAAUUGUGAAUGCCAUAAGUCUGCGGGGGAACACGAAACGGAUAAUGAGCACAUCCUUUUAGAUGCUGGGAUUUCACAUGAUAGCGUUGACAAUUCUUAUUUAACUUCAGGAUUCCAAGGUCGCCCCAAAAACCCGACCGAGGCUAAUGAAGCUCGAAAAUUAGACGAAAAUUCAAUCCUAUCAUUAAAAAGCAAAGUAAGCAAUGACGAAGGGAACCUUCCAAAUGAUUUGACGCAUAAUAAUAACAGCCUAAAGAACAAUGCGACGGGUGGUGAGAUAUCUGAGUUGAAUGGAGACGGUUAUAAAAGUUGUAGAGGCAAUAGCGCGAAAACUGAAGGGCUCUUAAUAGACGAAUCAAAUAACAGGACUAAUGUGACAAGUUUUGUUAAUGGGGAAAGUCGGGUGCAGUGCAAUGAUUCUAGCAGACAACGCCUUGUGGACAAUAAACGAUCUUCUAAUAUUUCAGAUGACAUAUCGGUUUUUAUUGACGAGGACCAAAGUAUGAAUGAUAAUGAAAUCAAAACAAUUGGAGAAACGCAGCACGCUGAACGUGGCUCAAAACUUGUACCAACGGCAACUUCAAAUACCGAUGUGAAAAUGGUGCGACAGAACGGAAAUAUAACGACAGAGUCCAAGGCAGGGCCAGCCUUAAACAAACCAGUAAAUGGUCAUCAUAUCUCCGAGUGUAACAACAUGAAUGGCGCAGUGACAUCGCUUGAGAUAGCUAGUUGUCCAGGCUCCAGGCGUCCCAGCGAGGAUGCAGCGAAGAUCCGGAGGACGCUUGAUGUUGACGUCUUGGAAAGAACGAGUUCCGCUUCCGGUAAAAACUCGCCGGUGAAGAAAUUUGUCAAAUUGCGCAACGUUGCCGAGGAAAGGCCGAUGUGCUCCGAUACCCUGCAUCUUAAAUCAAUUGAGCCGAUGCCAUGCAACGCCAACUUCUGUAUGGGUUCCGUGAUGGACGUCGGGCUCGUGACGGGCGAGCCAAGGCCCAAGGAAGAGGUUCUCGUGCAUGCCCGAGACUUUAUCAACCAGUAUUACCAGUCCAUCAAACGGUCGAACACUCCAGCACACACGAACCGCUGGACGGAAGUGGAGAAGGCUGUGUUAACGUCGGGAACGUACGAACUUACCACGGCAGAACUGACGUUCGGCGCCAAAACGGCGUGGAGGAACGCACCUCGGUGUAUCGGUCGGAUACAGUGGUCCAAAUUACAGGUUUUCGACGCCCGCCAUAUCACCACUGCUCGUGGAAUGUUUGAGGCCAUCUGUAACCACAUCAAGUAUGGAACAAACAAAGGAAAUAUCAGGUCGGCCAUCACCGUGUUCCCGCCACGGACGGACGGGAAGCACGACUUCCGAGUUUGGAACCAGCAGUUUAUCCGCUACGCCGGGUAUAAGCAGGAGGACGGAAGUGUGGUUGGCGAUCCCUCAAAUGUUGAGCUUACACAGGUGUGUCAGAAGUUGGGUUGGAAGGGCAAGGGGACGCGGUUUGACGUACUUCCGCUCGUCCUGCAGGCUAACGGCCAUGACCCCGAGUUGUUCGAGAUUCCCCCGGAACUCAUCCUCGAGGUCCAUUUCAAACAUCCUAAGUUCCCUUGGUUCGCGGACAUGGGUCUGAGGUGGUACGCACUUCCGGCUGUCUCCAGUAUGGUGUUUGACUGCGGUGGUCUACUCUUCGUCGCGGCCCCUUUUAAUGGCUGGUUCAUGGGGACGGAAAUAGGGGCCAGGGAUCUGUGUGACCCUUUCAGAUAUAAUUUACUCGAGGAUAUCGCCAAACGCAUCGGGUUUGACACCCGGAAGUCGUCCUCGCUGUGGAAAGACCGGACAUUGGUCGAGGUGAACGUCGCCGUCCUACACAGCUUCCAGUCUCAAGGCGUGACAAUCACAGAUCAUCACGCGGCCUCCGACUCCUUCAUGAAGCACCUGGACAACGAGCAGAAACUGCGCGGCGGAUGUCCGGCAGACUGGGUAUGGAUCGUGCCGCCCAUGAGUGGGUCGCUACUUCCCGUGUUUCACCAGGAGAUGUUGGCCUAUAAGCUUAAGCCUAGCUAUGAGUACCAGACGGACGCUUGGAAGACGCACGUGUGGAAGAAAGACAAGGAACGGACGCGCUCUUCAACCGAUCGGCCGCGGAGGAAGAUCGGCUUCCGGGAACUUGCCAGAGCGGUAAAGUUCUCUGCUAAAUUGAUGGGCAAAGCUUUGGCUCGGCGGGUAAAAUGUGUGAUCCUGUACGCCACUGAGACUGGAAAGUCCGAAGGGUUCGCCAAGACACUCUGUCAGAUCUUCAAGCACGCUUUUGACGCCAGGGUGUGCUGUAUGGAUGACUAUGACGUCACAGAACUCGAGCAUGAGGCGCUCGUGCUGAUUGUCACGAGCACGUUCGGAAAUGGAGACCCACCUGAAAAUGGCGAGUCUUUCGCAAAGUACCUGCUGGAAACAAAGCAUCCGGACACAAAGGAUAAGUUAAGCAAGCAGUUGUCUUACCUGCGACUUAGCGUCUCGGAGCCGCACGAUAUAGAGAUAAUUGACGCCGGGAGUGAAGCGUCAGAUGACACAUUCAAGUCGCUUGAGGACAACCUCACACUGGAGACUGGUCCGCUUUCUAACGUCAGGUUCUCGGUGUUCGGGCUGGGCUCCAGUGCCUAUCCCAACUUCUGCGCGUUCGCACACUACCUGGACAAGAUGUUCGCUAAUCUCGGCGCCGAGCGGAUCAACGAGAUCGCGGAGGGUGAUGAGCUCUGUGGCCAGGAGGAGUCGUUCCGCACGUGGGCCACGGAAGUCUUCAAGGCGGCCUGUGAGACGUUCUGCACUGGAGAUGACCGCGCGUUGCAGGACGCCGCUGGAACACUGUCCAAGACUGACCACAACUGGACACCAGAUACGUUCAGGGUCACUCCGGCCACAGGAAACAAGGAACCGGAACCAAUCACAGCACUGUCCACCAUCCACAACAAAAAUGUUGUUCCAUGUCGAUUUAUGGAGAGAACACAGCUUCAAGCCAAAGAAUCGGAUCGACAGACGAUGUUGAUCAAGCUCGAUGCAACGCUUGGGUCCGGUGAAAUGCUGUACCAUCCAGGGGAUCACGUGGCCAUAUUCUCGGAGAACGCUCCGCCGCUCGUGGACGCCAUCUUGAUGCGCCUUCACAACGCCCCGCCCCCUGAACAGCUGAUCAAGAUCGAGGUCAUGAACGAGAGGUCAACCCCAUUAGGCAAUACGAAAUCCUGGGACCCCUACCCGCGCCUCCCCGUGUGCACGUUGCACACGGCGUUCCUACGAUACCUGGACAUCACAACUCCGCCCAGUCAGGCCCUUUUGAAGCUGUUCGCCACCCAGGCCAGCAAGGAUUGUGAUAAGGAGAGCCUAGAGAAUCUGACAAAUGACUCGCACAUCUAUGAGGAGUGGAAGUACGAGACUUACCCUAACGUAGUUCAGGUGUUGGACCAGUUCCCGUCGCUCCGCGUACCAGCGUCCCUGCUGCUCACCCAACUUCCGCUCCUGCAGUCUCGUUUCUACAGCAUCUCGUCCUCUCUCAAGUCCUACCCCGGGGAGAUUCACGCGACCGUGGCUGUUGUCAAGUAUAAGACUCAGGGUGGUAACGGGGCAUUGCACGAGGGUGUCUGCUCCAACUGGCUCAACAGACGGGAGGUCGGGGACACCGUUCCCUGUCUCAUCAGGCACGCCCCAGCGUUCCACAUGCCGGAUGACCCAACUGUUCCCAUCAUCCUGGUGGGGCCCGGCACAGGGAUUGCACCAUUCAGAAGCUUCUGGCAGCAACGCAAGAUCGACCGAGAGAUGAAUCCGGAGCCUUCCCGCGGCGGGCGGAAGGGUUGGGGCGAGAUUCACCUGUAUUUCGGCUGCCGGAACUCCGAGAUAGACGCAAUCUAUCGGGAGGAACUGGAGCAGAUGAAAGCGGAAGGAGUGUUGACGCAGGUCUACACCGCACUGUCCCGGGAGAAAGAUGUACCCAAGACAUACGUCCAAUCCAUAUUAAAGCAGAAUUCUACUGCCGUCUUCCGGUGUAUAGUGAAACAAUCAGGUCACUUCUACGUAUGUGGUGACGUCAAAAUGGCGUCUGACGUCACAGCCACGCUCGAGAAAAUAGUGGCAACAGAAGGCAACAUGGCGUCACAAGAUGCCAAGAGCUUAAUUAUGAAAUUGAGGGACAACAGUCGAUUCCAUGAGGACAUUUUCGGCGUCACACUGCGCAGCUCGGAGGUGACUGAUCGAGCACGUGACCAGGCAAAGCGCGCGUGGAGCUUUGUUAACGCGGCGGGGCGCAACCGUGCCAGCAUAGAUACGGAAUCCGUGUCACCAAUUCCUACAGGCGACUACAAAGGACCGAAAAGCAAACCAAAGGCACCACGAAGUUCCAUGUUCAGCCCAGACUCCAUGGCCUAAAGUGACCACGUUCCAGCCAUAGUUUGCAUUAUAUCAAAUGGCCUAAGCGACCACGCCCCAGCAGGAUAAUUCACGUAUUUUUAACAUAUGUUGGGCGCAAAAGGACGAAUAUUCGAAUCUAGAAGAUCAUGUACAUAACGAACAAUUUAAGCUUUGGCGAUAAGAGAUUCGCCCAUAAUUAACUUUCUCUAUGAGUGUUAUAUAUUAUACUUAUAAAUUUCAAAUUGUGACCAGGGCUGGUAUUCAAUAUUAGUUUUAAUUGGAUGUUAGUACGAUGUAGCUAAUCGGAUUACUUGUUGGUAAUUUCUGACCAAUAGAGUGAAUGAAAUCAAUAAUGUAUGACCAUAUGGAUGACUUUAGUUGUAUUGAAUACCACCCGAUAAAAGUAUUGAAAGUUUAUUUUAACUCCAUGAGGUAUUUACUAUGUUUAAUUUUAAAAACAAUUUAUCAUGUACAUAUUUGUUGACAUAUUUCAUCAUUUAAACAUGAACGACUACAUAACAUAUAGUUGUCAAGGUCAUAUGGUUAUGACAUGUGAACAUUCACGUAAGUGAAAUAACAUACACAUAUUAUUAUUAGUAUAAUCGUACAUAGCUGUUGACGUUUUUAGAAAUCUCAACUUUUUGUUGUGAUAAUUUGAAGUUAUUAUUUAUAUAUUCAUUUUCUUGUAUACCUAAAUGUAUUACAUUUAUCGUGUCAAGCGAUUAUGUUAAGGUUGUGUUUUGAGAGGUUUACUAGUGUUUUAAGUGGCCAUCUAUGUGUUGUUAAAGGUAUUUGUUAGUUAUAGUUUAUUUCAGAAACUUUUUAUUGUGCUGUUUAAUAUAUUUUGCAAUACACUAUAGCAAUAUUGUACUAUUACUUUUUUGUUGUCAAAUAUCAGAUUUGUCCAUUUCUGCAAGAACAAUUUCUGUUGUAAGAUUUAGGUAGAAGCAGGCUUUCAAGUGACAAAUUACAAAAAAGAUAGAUCAGAGUUGUAGGAUUGUUUUUGAAAAUAGGGCAAAAAAGAAGGGCUCUUUAUUUUCCACUUAGAGGCAAAUAUUUUACACCAAUUAUUUUCAUCAAUUUAAUUGUACAUGUACAUAAAGGGUUCUUCAUUUUCUGCAUUCUGGUUAUUAAAUGUUCUGUUCUGUUCUACCCUUCUUCAUUUUCUGCAUUUUGGUUAUUAAAUGUUCUGUUCUGUUCUGUCUGAUAUUCAGAGUGCAUUUUAGAACACACAAUUAUUUCUCAAACUAUUUUUGCAUAAGUAGGGAUAGUAGAGGCUUUUCCAAGUAAAAGUUGGAAAAAGGAGCCAGAUAAAAACCUGAGUAAAAUUUUAAUGAAGAUUUACAAAAAAAUAGGGAAAAGGUUGAACCCAGGUCCUCUUGAAAGCUUGUAGAGGUAUUUAUGUAUGGAUAUAAUUAUUGUACAUCUAUAACUAUUUUAAAAAAUAGCCCACAAAAAAGUUAGAAUGAUUUGUUUUUAAUUUGUUUAGAAUCACUAUUAUUCCUGGUCAUUACAUAUGUGCUGCCAAUUACUUUGUAGUUUCGUUCUAUCACUAAUUUAAUUUGGAAUUUAGCGUUUUUACUUCAUCUGCAUUUUUGAAAUUGAGUUAUUCUUCUUACUUUUAUGACAGAUACACAUUUGAACAGAAUUUUGCCUUAAAUCACGCCUUAAAUGAUUCAAUAGUCAUUUGCAUCAUAAUACUACUGCUUUUCUACAAAGAGCAUUUUCAGACAGAUUUUUAAAGUGACACUCUUAUUCAAAAUCAAUACAAGCACAUGUAUAACAAACAUCAAUUUUGAGUGAUAAACCUUUAACUACUCACUAAUUAAUGCAUUUAUGAAAAUAUUUAUUACUGAUAACAAGUUUGUAACUGUGUAUUUAAUAGCUGAAAACGCAAAAAAAAACAAAUGAUCGGUGGUUGAUAAAAGAUUUACUGUGAUCUACUAUUGUCUGAUAAGGUAGAACCGUGAUGUAUUUUCUGCACCUUUCUUUCAAAUUAAACUCGGUAUCCUUCAUAAGAACCAUUGUUUUCAACAUUUGUAUUAAUUGUGGUAAAUCUUAUUUGGGAGUAAGAGUGCAUCUUUAAAUAAAUGUUAACAAUAUAGCUAUUAUUUAACCCAUUGAUGAAUUGUUUUACCAUUGCAACAAGCAAUUUGUUCUCAUUUCAAAUGAAAUUAUUUUUUCAAUGUUUGACACUUUAAAAUGAUAACAAAGACCUUUUGAGAGUUAAAGGUUGAUCUUUCCAAAUGGGUUCCCAGCUGGUAUAAUUCCCAGUCAGAACUCUUCAAGCAUUAUCCAUCCUAAACUGUGCCUCGCAUCAGUAGCAGGAGUUCGUCAAAAAAUAAAUAAUAAUAAUAAUUAAUUGUAGUGUUCUACCAUGUAUUUUGUAUAUCUAAGUUUAAUUUGAUUGCCAGUGAAGCGUUUUAUUGCAUAAAUAAAUAAGAUUAUCAAUCUAGUUAUACUUUUUGUCAUUUAGUUUAACUGCUAAAUUGAUAAUACUACGUUACGUGAUCUACUUGCAGCGUAGUUAUUUAGUUUUAUUAUAAGUUGUUUAGGAUGGAAAAUGGCCUAGGAGUUCCAAAUGCUGGUAUUCCAUGAAGUAAAGUAGUUGGUGUUGUUACGGACCAAUAAACCAUGGAUUAUAGGUCUGUGCUGUUGUGCUUUUUAAACAUACCGGUAGAAAUAUACAAAAUGUUGAUUAAAUGGUCCAAGGCUGUUUAAACAUGAUUUAUUCUUUUCUCUUUUUUUUAAACAUUUAGCAUUUACGUUUCAAGCAUGUGAAUCAGAGCUGACCAAUACUGCCAAACGAGUGCAUAAUUUAACAUAUGACAUUUAACUUUGGAGUUGUAAGAUUGUUUUUAAAUUGACCUGCUAUUGAUUUGAUGGAAUGUACCUUCAAAAAGUUUCAUUAUUUUGCAUGUGAAAAUUAUAUUUUUUCUGCUUGUUAUGAAUUUCUUAUAUUCAUCAUAGUCCUAAGCAAAACACUUGAAUUUAUACACAUUUUUCACUAUAUUCUUUUCAUAUUGAAUAUUUUGUUGAGUUUAUCUUUCCAAGUAGAUGUAAAUAAAUUUGA